AUGGGUUGCUGCCAAGGAGGAAAUGUUUCACAAACCCCGCUGGAGGUGAAAACCGUGCCGGCAAGACCUCCUGGAGCAAGUGGUCCCUUUCUCCGGAUGUUGAGCAUCAACGAUGUGUACACCUUGGAAAACUAUGCUCGCUUCGCAACAGCGGUGAAAGAAUGCAAGGCAGCCAGCAAAACCUUGGGAUGCGUGGUGACCUCACAUUUGAACGGCGACUUCCUCUCCCCCUGCCUCCACACCUCGCUGGAUGGAGGGACCACCAUGAUGCAGGCCUUGAACUUUGCGCAGGUGGACUACGCAUGCCUGGGCAACCAUGAGUUUGACAUGGACAAGUCGCAGCUGGAGACGCGGUUGCCACUGUUCAAAGGUAAGCUGAUCAACACCAACGGCAUGGACGAGCAGCUGAAGAGCUUGCCGAAGUACGAUGUAGUGGAGGUGGGAGACAAGAAGGUGGUCUUUGUGGGGCUGUGCAUGACGGACAAGUCCAUCUUCGCGGCGUCCAACUGCCCCGACAUGCGGCCCUUCGUAGACUCCUGCACCAGCGCCUGGGAGCAGGCCUUCAAGGGCCAGCAGGUCGAUGUGCUGGUGCCCAUGACCCACCAGUUCAUUGAGGAGGACCGCCUCUUGGCCGAGCAGUUCGAGAUGCACGAGGCCCUCAACUCCAAGGUGCCGGUGAUCCUGGGGGGUCAUGAGCAUGACAUCUUCGAGGAGAUGGCCGCAGACACGUUGAUCUUGAAGACGGGCCAGGACGCUGCAAAGAUCGCCGUGGUAGACAUUUGGUGGGCCUCGGAUGGUGUGAAAUGUCGCCAUUCGCUGAUCCCCGCCGAGAAGUUCAAGCCGGAGGCGUCAGCAGCAGCCUGGGCCAACGGCCGGAAGAAGUUCGUGCAGACGGCCAUGGAGGCUGCGAUCACGGAAUUGCCAAAGGAUAUGUCCACCAAACAGUGCCGCUUCGAGCCGUGUGACUUGGGUGGCUUCCUACUGGAGAAGGUCAAACGGGCCUUCGUUUUCUGCGCUCGGCAGCCCAUGGCGCCGACGAAUCCGGGCGUGAGUGCGUUUGGCACAAUGGACGCUGCAAAGGGAGUGAGAGGGAUCCUCUACACCAUUUGCUUCACGCUCUUGUUCUUGUGGGCCACAGUGGGCUACUUCCUGGUGUACAUCCAAUACCUGCCCCCGGACCCGACGGACGACUACUGCGGCAUCACGGCAUUUCUAUGCCUGUGGCUCAGCGUUUUCGCCUUCAUCGACAACCCCGACGAGGAGCGCACCGGCAUCCAGCGCUGGGAAGAGUUCGUGUUCAUGUGGGUGCUCACCAGCGGUCUGGCGCAAGUGGGCUGGGAGCUUCCCUUUGUGCUGUGGAAGGUGAAGUAUCUGCAGCCCAUCGAAUCCACGGAGACGUUGAAGGUCUCGGAGCUUUGGACCUGGCCCUUCUGGAUGUACGGCUCCGGGGACACGCGGUACAUGCGCCAGCACAGCAGCUCCCAUGCCACCGAGACCAUGCUGGUCCUGUCGGGGCCUUUCGAGCUCUGGGCGGUGUGGAUGCUGAAAAAGAGGAGGAAGUACAAGACCGCCAUGAUCAUUUGCGCGCUGACCCACUGGGGCUUCUUCUGGGCCAACACCUCGGUGAUCUACAUCGCGGAGAUUUACGACAACUACGAGAACGUGGCAGACGGGUGGGUGGGGUACUGGGUGAAGUGGGCGGGCCUGAACCUGCAGUGGUCCGUGCUGAGCCCCAUCUGCACCUUCGCCUGCCUCUGGCUCCUUUGCGGCAAGGUGCGCGAGGAGGCGCUCAUGGAGGCGGCCAAGGCAGCCAAGGCCAAGAGGGCCAAGGCAGCCGAGGCAGCCGAGGCAAGAGGAGCGACAGUGACGCGGGGAAAAGCCUCGAGAAUGCAGGACCGCGACGUGGACAUCGUUCUUUUCAACGGAGGAGAUAUCCGAGGCCGCAAGGAUUACAAAGCCGGGCCUUUUACCAUGGGCGAUCUCUACAACGAACUGGCCUUUCAUGAGCCGCUGGCGGUGGUGACCAUGAAGGGCGCCCAGCUGGCGGCGGCGGUGAAGUUCUCGCGCGCGGGGACGGCGGAGAAGCCAGGGUUCCUACACACGGACCUGGACUCCGAGGCGGACAAGGAGCACAACCUCACCAAGGUGAACAAGAGGCCCUUCGAUGCGCAGAAGGAGUACAAGGUUGCAGUGCAGCGGGUGAUGCUGACGGGGAUGAACAAUAACACCCCGUUGAUGGAGUUCGGGAAGGCAAAUGGUGUGCCAAGCGAGGAGCUUUGCCGGGAUGCCAAAGAGAUGGUGCUGGUGGUGUGCAUGAAGGACAUGUGGCGCCAGGUGCUAGGCUUCGGAGUGUGGGACUCGAAGUCGGAGGGGAAUGUGAGCCCCAAGAAGCUGCGGGAAGCCCUGAUCCAGGCCUUUGAAGAGAUGGAUAAGGACAAGAGCGGUGCCCUGGACAUCAAGGAAAUCGAGCAGUUUUUGUCAAAGCGCUUGCCGAACUUCGCCUCUGGUUCUCUCGCCACACGGCUGUUCCAAGCUGCCGACCGAGAUGGUAAUGGCAAGGUGAACUUUGAGGAGUUGGCGAACUUUGUGCACUGA